GUGGCAGAGUGUGUGUGUGUGUGUGUGUGUGUCAGUGUUUUUGACAGUGGCUUAGUGAUAGUCACUGUCUCAGAAGUUGUGACUUUAUUUAAAUCUUCAAUUACUUCACUUUAAGAUAAAGGAAAUUAUAGGUGACAUCAUUCUUAUAUUCAAUAACUUUGGCAGCACAUCAGCACAGAUGGUUCUGUGAGGGGCGGGAGCUACACAACUGUCCUGACGUCCAGAUCUGGAGGGAUGGUGACCUGUACACGCUGAUGAUCGCUGAGGCCUUCGAGGAAGACACGGGGCGCUACACCUGCGUUGCCUCCAACAGUCUCGGCGCUGACAACACCUCGGCAGAGGUCUACAUCGAGGGUGCUUCAUCCUCAGACUCAGAAGGAGAAGGAUCUUUGACAAAUUCCAGAUCAGGAGUCAUGCCUCAGUCCCAGAAGAAGACAACUUCAAUCUCCCUGUCUGUUCAUUCACCUUCACCCACGAGCCCCGAGGCCGUACCUCACCGCUUCACCCUGGUCCAGCCCCUAUCUGCACCUCAACACCGGAUGCGGAGUCCAGUUUCUUCACUACAUGGUGAUGGUUCUGUCACAACGCCCCCUAUCUUCACCAAGCUCUUACAGGAUGCCCAGGCGUCAGAGGGUCAGGUGGUGGUUUUGGAGUGCAGGGUUCGAGGCAGUCCUCCUCUGCAGGUCCAGUGGUUCAGACAGGGACAGGUCAUCCAGGACUCUCCAGACUUCCGCAUCCUGCAGAAAAAGCCACGGUCUGCAGCAGAGCCAGAGGAGAUAUGUACGCUGGUCAUAGCUGAGGCCUUCCCUGACGAUGGAGGUCAGUUCUGCUGCACUGCAACUAACCUUUACGGCUCCGUCAGCAGCACAGCCCAACUCUCUGUCACUGGAGGAGCCUUCAACACUCCCACAGCGGUGUACGAAUCAGACAGGGACGGUGUGGCAUCCGGCGAUAACUCUGCCUUCGAGGAUGCCCAGGCCUUCCCCCCACCCCCGCCCACAGAGAUCAGCCUAUUGGAGGUACCGCCCAAGACCCCACCCAGUGCCAGCGCAGAGGGUUUCCAUGUCAACGAGCUGGAGAUCUGGCCCAGUGUGUCAGUCCUGCCGCACUCCCACAUGUACCCCAACAUGGAGGGCCAGCCUCAGCCCUCCUUCAGCCUACCUCCACCAGAGCCCCGGCCAGACUUCCUAGACCCAGCCAAGAUGUCUCCACCCCCGGUGAAGGAAGCCCCUCCGCUGCCCAACAAGCCCAAACUAGCGGCGGGUAUAGAGGAGGAGACAGACACUGACAGGAACAUAGAACAGUUGAAGCAGCUGCACGAUCAGAUUCUAUUGGAACAGCAAGAAGCAGCCAAUUGGAUCCAGCAGCAGGAGCAAGAGCAGGAAGUCCCACUUCUGCUGCAGCAGCCCCAGGAAGUGUCCUCUCCGCCCUCUCCUCCUCUUCCCCCUCCUCCCUCCUUCCAGGAGCUGGAGAGCAGCGCCAUGCAGACUAGCACAUUCAACUACGCCCGGCCCAAGCAGUUCAUUGCUGCCCAGAGCCCCGGGGGGACAGUCCCUGUGGGGGGCUACGUCACCCAGUCCUCUGGCUCCUCUGGAUCCAGCCUGCCCUCACCCCUCUCCCCACCAACCUCACACAAACCCUUCACCAGGGUCACCCUGCCUCCCUUCACUAAGGGCAGCAGCAUCGGGUCUCAGUCCCCGUCCUCUCCCUCCUUCCCUCCUCCACCCCCUCCCUUCCUCAGCAGCAGCAUGUCUUCUCCAUCAGGCCCCAGCCAAGACUUUCCCCCACCCCCUCCUCCACCCAUCCCUCGACUCCCCCUUCUCCCCGGCCACUCCAGCAGCUCUUCCCCCUUCACUUCCAUGCCCCAAUCACCUGCUGGCUUCCUGGCCUCCGUCCUGCCAGCCACGCCCACGAGCCCGUCCGUCAACGCCCUGGGCCUGCCUAAAGGGAAUGGGACUAUUGCUUUCCCCCGGAAGCAGUCCAGAGGAACCCCACGCCUGGCCUCUGACUCUGACAUCCAGGGAACCAAGGAUGCUGUCAUUCAGGACCUGGAGAGGAAGCUACGAUUUAAGGAGGAGCGCUUGAGCAAUGGACAACAGAGGUUAACCUACGAGGAGAAGAUGGCUCGCAGGCUGCUGGGGGCAGACAACGCAGCCACAGUACUAAACACACAGCAGCAGGACCAGGAGCCAGUCACACAGGAGUACAAGGUGUCCAGCUUCGAGCAGCGCCUGAUCAGUGAGAUUGAGUUCCGUCUGGAGCGCUCUCCAGCGGAGGAGUCUGACGACGAUGUGCAGCAUGACGAAGACUCUACAGGCCAGGGGGUGGUGCCAUUCUUCGACAGCAAGCUCAAACACUACAAGGUGUUUGAGGGCAUGCCCGUCACCUUCUCCUGCAAGGUCAUCGGAGACCCCAAGCCAAAGAUCUACUGGUUUAAGGAUGGGAAGCAGAUCUCUAAGAGGAGUGAACACUACAGGAUCAGCCGCAACGCUGACGGAACCUGCAACCUCCACACCGCCGCCGCCUCAUUGGACGAUGACGGCAACUACACCAUCAUGGCUGGUAACCCCGAGGGGAGGGUGAGCUGUACUGGCAGGAUGAUGGUCCAGGCAGUGAACCAGAGAGGGAGGAGCCAGCGCUCUGCACCUGGACAUGUUCGCAGACCUAGGUCUCGGUCCAGAGACAGUGGUGAUGAGAACGAGAAUAUCCAGGAGCGUCACUUCCGCCCCCACUUCCUGCAGGCGCCCGGUGACCUCAUCGUCCAGGAGAGCAGGCUCUGUCGGAUGGACUGCAAGGUGAGUGGCUUGCCUACACCAGAUCUGAUCUGGCAGUUGAAUGGUCAGACCAUCCGUCCUGACUCCGCCCACAAGAUGCUAGUGAGGGAGAAUGGCGUACACUCAUUGGUCAUCGAGCCCGUGUCCAGCCGCGACGCAGGCAUCUACACCUGCAUCGCUAGCAACCGCGCGGGACAGAACUCCUUCAACCUGGAACUCAUUGUCGCAGCCAAAGAGAUUCACAAGGCUCCUUCGUUCACCGAGAAGCUGCAGAACACUGCUGUUGCCGAGGGUAACCCUGUACGUCUGGAGUGCCGUGUGUCGGCUGUCCCCAACCCAAAGAUCUUCUGGAAGAAAGAGAACGAGUCUUUCACUCACAAUACAGACAGGAUCAGCAUGCACCAGGACAACUGUGGCUACCUGUGUAUGAUCAUCCAGCCAGCCAUGAAGGAGGAUGCUGGUUGGUACACCGUGUCAGCCAAAAAUGACGCUGGCAUCGUGUCCAGCACCGCACGACUCGACGUCCACACUCAGUGGCAGCAGCCCAACACUCCCAAGCCUAAGAAGGUGCGUCCGUCUACGAGUCGCUAUGCAGCUCUGACAGAGAGAGGACUGGACGUGAAGGCAGCCUUCUUCCCUGACUCCAGCCCCCUGCAGCCUGGAGGCCUGGUGGAGAGUGAUGACCUGUAGAGACCAGUGGGGUUCACACACUGACCCCCAGUGCUACAAGCACCAACCCCCGUUCUCCCCAGACAUAUAGGGGUAAAUGUAACGCCCUCCAUCUGAGGCAUAUUACGACAAUCCCACAGAUAUUAUUUUGGAAGAUGGAUGACGGGCAACGUGACACCCCAUAAUAUCUCAGUGUUAAUGAAACAUGGAUCCCAACUUAGGAUCAGAUGGGGUGGCAGGUAGCCUAGUGGUUAGACGGUUGGGCUAGUAACCCAACUAGUAAGGUUGCUAGAUCGAAUCCCGAGCUGACAAGGUAAAAAUCUGUCGUUCUACCCCUGAACAAGGCAGUUAACCCAAGAAUUUGUUCUUAACUUACUUGCCUAGUCAAAUAAAGAUUUAAUACAAAUAUGGUUCCAUUUUAUCAACCAUAGGAAUAGGAACUACCAUAGGAGCCAGAGGAAUCUACCCUUGGUGGCCAUUGAAGUUUCUUUGAAAUUCUGUGGUCCAUUAAAACAAUAUAUUGUUCACAAAUUUCUGAUAAUGGGUGGUGGAAGUGAAGAAGACUUGAAUGUUGGUAAAUUAGUUCUCAAAGUAACACUACCAUAACCACACAAGGGGGUCACCUCUUAAGUGCCUAAGAUAUCUCUCACAUGAACUCUUUGUAAAAAAAAAUAUAUAUAUAUUUUAAAGUCUAAAGUAGUGUUAUUAUGCAUGUGACAAUGGUGCCAUUUGUAAUGCUCUAUCUAAAUUGAUGCCUUACUUAUGAAAUACUCCCCCAACAAAGGCACCAAAUUAUAGGGGUAGAGAUAUAUAGAAACGGGACAGACUUUGGACUCAAUGUAAAGGUAUGGAAAGUCCAAAGCAUGGGAGCCGCACGUCAUGUUUCCCUGGACUGUUGAGAGACAAAAGAGAGACUGCAAAACACAAAGUUGUUCUUUUAUAUGGUCAUCACAGCAUAGUCUUGGUAAUAUAGCACAACAUGGAUAUAAAUAGUGUCUGGUUUUAGUUAUUAAUAGCACAAUACCAUUGUCAGGUUCAACAUUUAGCUCAAAUACCAUCGAUAUUGCACAAGGACUUACAUACUUUUUUUCUUGUUUUUUUUUGUCAGGUCAAAUGACCUUGAAAGUUCAAACUAUUUAGUGAUGAGAUGAGUUGUGAAAGAGAAUGUUGGCUGAAUGACUCGGACACCGUUGAGAGCUCUCACCGUUACCAUGGUAACUUCAGUGAUUGAUUGAUGGAUAGAGAGGGAAUGACUGGCUAGGAGGUACUGGUGUGUGAAGCUUUGACUGUAACAGUGACAGGAAGUCCAGGUGGUCCAGGAUGCCCAGGUGAUCAGUCUCAGCCCAGUGACAACAGUCACUUCAACGCUUUGAACUGUGUGAUCCGUGAGUGGAAGUCAAGGACAGAGGAAAGCAAGUUUUUUGGAAUAGAAUUCACUGUAGAUGACAAAGAUGAUAAAGAAGAAAUUGACUAUGUUGAUGAUGAAAUGAUGGUGUUGAUGAUGAAAUGAUGGUGUUGAUGAGGAAAAUGAUGGUGUUGAUGAGGAAAAUGAUGGUUAUGACUGAUUUUGGAGAUCAGUUAUUUUCUUUGGUUUAUUUUUUAAGUUUAAAAUCUUCAGACGUGAGACAGUCCUAAUAAUGGCUUCAGUUGUUUGAUCACACACCACAGAUUGUCUGCUUUAUUUUUGUAUGAGAAAUCUUUCCCAAGAAACUUGACAUAAAUUAUAUUAGUGAUUUUUUUCUCUCUCAAAUGUUCAAUGACAAAACAUAAUCCUGUCUGUAUUAAAAUAUCACACUUUUUGAAACAAUAUAUAUUGCCUUAAAAGAUCACUUGGGCCUAUUUUAGUCACAAUGUCUGUCCAUGUUUUUAUGAGGCACUUAUAACAAAUGACUAUUAUUAUUAAUUAUAGCAAAGCUGUCAAGGGAAAAGAUACACAGAAUUGUAUUGAAAUAAGUAAUGAUAUAUUUCUCACUACUGCAUUAUUAAAUAGGCUUCUUUUGCUAUAUCUGUUCACAGCAUGUUUCAUCCUGCCAUUACUGUGAUCAGUCACAAACAUAUAGGACACCUUUUUGAUUUCUAUGCCUGUAUAUGGAAUGUUCUCAUGAUAUUACAUUAGUUUAUGAAAGAUAAUAAAACAACCUAAGUGUCUAGA